UUGUAGUCGACUGUGAAAGAGAGAACUACAAUUGUAAUUACUUGGGUUUUCUGAUUUGGGAACUAUCGCCCGUAGUAUUGGGUAGAGCUUCUCCCUCACUCUCCUGAGUCUUUGCAUUUUGUAGAUCCACGAAACUACAAGUGGAAGCCGGAGACCUCUUGUUAUGAUUUUGAUGUACGUUUGUAAUCCGAAUUCCUUGGACUCCACCACUCUGCCAUUUGACCAGGAAUAAACGACAGCGACUGAGCGUAUGCAUCGCCUUGGGUGAUUCAAAACCCGCAGUUCAGUAGGGGCUGCUUACAUAAUAGCAUUGUGAGCCUGUAGUUAGGUUGCUGACCCUUAAGUGCAGUGGUGUGCACUCUUCGAUAUUCGCUGUUGCGUCACAUUGGUAACAUAGAUCUCCAUGAACAUACACGUGCAUUGCUAGGUCUCUGUGUUGUUUCACUUGUUUGUGCAGUGAGAUCAGCCCUACGUAUACUCCAAAGUGCAUGACAAAUUAUUUAGGAUUAUGUAAUUCAGUGCUUCGGCCGAACCGUCACGUGUCAGCAUGGAUGUGAAAGUUCAGAAAAACCUGCUGUGUUUGAGUAGAGAGGCUGCGGAGUUUGGUCCGUUCGAUGCUAUCCUGGAAUUAGAAGGGGAGCCGGACGCGUUAUGGUUCUAUCGUGAGCAUGUCAGCCGUGGUGUGCCAUGUAUCUGGCGUGGCGCAGUGGCUCACUGGCCAGCAGUCAGUAAAUGGAGCAACGACUAUCUACGAGAGACUGUUGGCAGUAAAGAGGUCAGUGUUGCUAUUACACCUAAUGGCUAUGCCGAUGCUGUUAGAGAGGACCUUAACCGGUUUGUCAUGCCACACGACCAACUAAUGCCGGUCUCGCAACUUCUUGACGUCAUCGAGCGCAAAGAAGACUUUCCCGGAAUUUGCUACUUGCAGCGUCAGAACUCUAAUUUCAUGGAGGAUUUUGCUGAGCUGUGGAAGGACACUGACCUGGACAUUGCCUGGGCGAGCAAAGCUUUCGGCGCCCAGCCAGAUGCAGUGAAUUUGUGGAUCGGCGAUGAGCGCGCUGUGACUUCCAUGCAUAAAGAUCAUUACGAGAACCUAUACUGCGUAGUGCGUGGCGAGAAGCACUUCAUCCUCCUGCCACCGACAGACCGCCCUCUGAUUCCACACAUGAAAUAUGCCAGCGCCCGCUAUCAGCUGGACUUGGCUAGCAGAGAAUUCUCGGUGGUGGACGAGAAAGAUCACGGUGUCAUCCCCUGGAUACCCCUGGAUCCCCAGAAGCCAGAUCUGAAUCGGUGGCCGCAGUAUCGCCAUGCACAUCCCCUGCGCUGCACGCUGAAAGCUGGAGACAUGCUCUUCUUGCCAUCCAUGUGGUACCAUCAUGUCAGUCAGUCGCAAGGCGCUAUCGCUGUCAACUAUUGGUACGACAUGGCGUUUGAUAUGCGCUAUGCGUACUUUCAGUGCAUGGAUGCAAUCACGGACACAGUGGCAGAGGGUAAUUGCUGUGCUGUUGGCGAUCAUGAUAUUGAAGAUGAGCAGGAACUCAGUACGGGCAAGACGUGAUGCUUGUGCGGUCCCGGAAGUGGGUGACUAGCUUGUGCGAUCCUGGCGGCGGUUGUCUUGCUGCACCAGCAUCUACUACAAACCUACAGUGUUUGCUUCGCUCUUUCACUCUGUAGGCAUCUCGAAACGUCACGGCACUCUGUUGGCAUCUUGAAACGUCACGGCACUCUGUAGGCAUCUCGAAACGUCACGUCACUCUGUAGGCAUCUCGAAACGUCACGUCACUCUGUAGGCAUCUCGAAACGUCACGUCACUCUGUAGGCAUCUCGAAACGUCACGGCACUCUGUUGGCAUCUCGAAACGUCACGGCACUCUGUAGGCAUCUCGAAACGUCACGUCACUCUGUUGGCAUCUCGAAACGUCACGGCACUCUGUAGGCAUCUCGAAACGUCACGGCACUCUCAGUCUGUGACAGUGUUAUUAGUCUUAGCAGGCAUAGCACUAGAAGUACUGCCCAGGCCUUGGCCAUGGUGCACUGCUGUCAGGCAAAAACUGUAUGAGAAUCAGAUUUCCAGCGAAUUGUGAAGGAGAAAGUAAGCAGCAGUUGUAAAGAGGCGAGAGAAGAACUUCAUAUGCUGGUACGUAAGCCAAAGCAUGUCCAGGCGACCAUGCCAAUGUAGCCAGCGCUAGCAGCAGUGUUCCUCCUCCCCUGCUCGGUGUACAACGUGACUAUGACUAUCAAGCACUGAACGUAGAAAGGAAUCACGCGCUCUCGUGGAAUCUCUUCGUCUUUGUGCACACGACUGGUAGAGCUGGCAUGUGCCGAAGUCCGAAGUGCAAUGUAUGGUGUGUGUUGCCUGUUUCAAGAUUGUUUGCCUGAAGAGUGUAGAUCUACAUAGCUGCUCUUUACUGCUCACUGUGGGAGGCAGUGCAGGGCAGUGUUCAAGACCUGGAAUCUUUGCCAAACAUUACUUUGUAUUCCUAGCACCCAUCAGAGAAUAUGCUGAGAGCCGCUGAGGCUCUUUCACCGUGCUGGUCACGAGUGUGCUCCUUCGCUUUUAAUUAUCAUGCUGCCGAGUGCAUAACGUGUAAUUAGUGUAGCGGUAGUUACUUAGAGUAGUUUCUCAUUACACUACAAUUAGUUUCUCUGCAAUAUUUUGCUCCCGACUAUCACGCAGAUAACAGUUACUACCUGCCGGAUUGGCACUGCUGGCCAGAUUGCUAACCUACAACAAUGAGUGCCUAACUGAACUCCCUGUCAGCAGCUAUAAUUGUAUGAUAUGAAUCCCUGUUUCCAGUCA